CGGGGGACCGGAAGUGGGGGCGUCGGGCGGAAGUGCUCCUCGCGCGCGGUCGGGCCGGUGUGGCCCUCAGCCGCCGCCGGGCCUGCGUGGUUUGAACCUUGAGCCUCCCUGGUCCCGAUGAGAUUGCGCCUUCUCCAAGUGUCUGACGCUCGGAGCUGCGGCCGCCGGACGGUGGUGCGGACGGAGAGCGGUCAGCGGGGCGCUGAGAGGCAGGUGAGCGUGGACCGGACUCCAGGUUCCCGCCCAGGACCUGAGCCGCUGCUCCGUCUUCCGUGCACCUGCCUCACCGGCAGGGAAUACUAGGAAGAGAAUUCCGUGCUAGGGGAGUCUCACAGACAAGCAGGAAAACUACUGGAAUGUGGCUGUCCAUCUGGAUAAGGUCCUGGAGAGGAGAGUGCAUCAAAACCGAGAAAGUGGUUCAGAAGGCCAGCGGUCGGUGGGCCCAGGCACAUCAGCAGGCAGGCCUCAACACUUCAUUGUCUAUAUACAACGAAUCAGAGAUUAAAAUGGCUUCCAGAGGAAAGACAGAGACAAGCAAAUUAAAGCAGAAUUUAGAAGAACAGUUGGACAGACUGAUGCAGCAGUUACAAGAUCUGGAGGAAUGCAGGGAGGAACUUGACACUGAUGAAUAUGAAGAAACCAAGAAGGAAACUCUGGAACAACUAAGUGAAUUCAAUGACUCGCUGAAGAAAAUUAUGUCUGGAAAUAUGACUUUGGUAGAUGAACUAAGUGGGAUGCAGCUGGCUAUUCAGGCCGCUAUCAGCCAGGCCUUCAGAACCCCCGAGGUCAUCAGAUUGUUUGCAAAGAAACAGCCAGGUCAGCUUCGGACGCGGUUAGCAGAGAUGGAUAGAGACCUGAUGGUAGGAAAGCUGGAAAGAGACCUGUACACACAACAGAAAGUGGAGAUACUAACAGCCCUCAGGAAACUGGGAGAGAAGCUAACUGUAGAGGAUGAGGCCUUCUUGUCAGCAAAUGCAGGUGCUCUGCUUAGCCAGUUCGAGAGAGUCUCUGCGGACCUGGGCUCUGGAGAUAAAGUCCUUGCACUGGCAAGUUUUGAAGUCGAAAAAACAAAAAAAUGACAUGGCAUGGAAGCUCAUGACAUGGGUCACAUCCUUAUUAAACAUUGUAUUUUCUUCCUGA